AUGAAUACUACCACAUAUUCUAAUGAUCCUAAAUAUCAUUACUAAUAAUCUAUAUUGAAUCCUUACAUUAACUAAUCAAUUAAUAAGUAAGGGAUAGCUAACUCUCAAAUACUAUAAGGAAGCCCUGGUAAAAUUAAAAAUUAUUUAUUUAUUUUAGUUCGCUUACCUAAUUACUCUACAUAAGGUAGAAAUCAUUCUAAUUCAAUAUUUUCAACACCUUCCGCUCCAAAAGUUCAAUUACCAUUUAUUCAAUAAUCUAUUCCUUAAUCAAUAAUAAAACCAAUAGUUGGUUCCCCUUCUCCUUUAAAUUAACAAAAAUUUCAUUAGACAUAACCAAUAUAAACUAGAAAUAUAUAAUAUUACGAAUCUCCUUAAGUUCAAAAAGCACCUUAAGUUAAAAUUGGUAUAUUUGUAUAACAAAACUUUUAGUUCAUGAAAUAGAGUAAGUACCUAUAAUACAUGAAUUACAUCAUGUAAAUAGACCCAUAAAUGUAAUUUCUAUGGAUGAAAUUGAAGUGCCUUGGAGAAGUAAACAGAUCCUUUUGGAGAAACAAUUAAUUGAAUUAUAGUUGAUGUUAAAACGUAAUCCUUAAGAAAGGACUGAAAGAAAGUAAAUAAUGGUGGAAGAUGAAGCUAGAAUUAGAGAGCUUGAAUAAGAAAUAGCAAAAUUGAGACUCAUUGUAAUAGAGAAUGAAUAGAACAUUUAAAAUUAUUAUGGUUAGGUCGAAUAAGCAGAAUAAAAUAUAGAGAAUGCUGAAGAAUAAGCAAGUGAAUAAAUAGAAGAAUAAAAUAGAGAAUUAGCUAAAUGGAAGAAAAAAUUCCAAGACCUUAACAAAAAGUAUCAUGAUUUAGAAGAAGAAAUAACAAUGACAGAAGCUCAGAUAGAAAGUAUUUAGAAAAGAAAAAUGACUACAUAAAAAAUUACAUCUAAUAAAAUAACAUCUAAUUCAAGAGUAAGAGAUAGUGGAUUAAUAGGUAGUAGUGUUAAAAAGAAUUAUUGAUUGAUCAUUAUUUUAUAUUAAUUUUGAAUUAUGUAAAUAACAAUUACUUUAUAUAAAUUACUUAAAUCUAAAUGUUACACAUAAUUGUGUUGUUUAAUAUCCUAUCAUUUUUGGAUGCACAAACAUGCUCCACAACAUAGAUUACAUGUGAAUCUAUUACAGAUAACACUUUAUGUUAUGAAACAAAAGAUUCCAAUUUUAAUCAAAUUUGUGAAUGGAAUACAAAUAAAUGUGAAAAAGCAAUACUUGAUAAUCUACCAUGUUCAAAAUAUACAAAUGAAUUUACUUGUUUUUACAGAUCAUAUGGUUGUAGAUGGGAUGGAACUAAUUCAACUGGUUAUGAUGCUGAAGCUAUGAAAAACAACGUAAAUGGAAAAUGUGUAGAUUAAAAGUAUUUAGAAUUAUACAUAUAUAAUUUAGAUGCCAAGAUUUCACAUCUGAACAUGAUUGUUCAUCCUUUGGUCAAAUAUCAUGUGAUUGGUAGGAUGAUAGUUGUGUUUAAGUUACCAAAUGUUAAGAUUUCUAAACUGUAAAAGGUUGUAGAAAUACCAAAUUUAAGGAAAAGUUAUUUAAUUAUAUUAUGAUUAGAUGUGUACCUAUUGUAAAUGGAGAAGUAUUAUCACUUGGAUAAAAAUCAACAACAAUAUUUGAUUCUUUUGAAUGUGUAGUUUAAUAAUGUAAACAUAAAUCAAAUGAAUAUGAAUGUACAUUUGUUAAUGGAGUAUAAUGUAUUUGGGGAACUACGUAUUAAAUUCAUUUAAUUUAAGAGGAUGUGCUGUUUGUGCUUCAUUUAAUACAUAUGAAACAUGUGUAUAAAAUAAAGGAUUAUGUUUAUGGAAUUAAAAUCAAUGUUAAAAUAUUGAGUAAUUCAAAUCUUUAUUUAUAUUAGAUGUUAACAAUACAAAAGUCCUAAUUUAUGUAAAUUAAAAACAGAAUAAUGUGAAUGGAAUAGAUUAAAAAUGAGAUGCCAACUUAAUUCUACCUAAGCAAAUCAACAUUGCUAUUCAGAAUACUUAGAUUAAUAAAACUAAGGAUUGGUAAUCUAAAUAAUUUUAAUUAUUUCCUUUAUUUUUAUUGGAUGA